AUGGCCAGCUCCAAGAUUAAGUCCGAGCAAAAUCUUGCAUCUCUAAAAUCAACAGUCGAAACCACAUCUGCUCUUAUCACACAACUGCAAUCCUCCUCCACCCCUAAAGAUAGCGACGGAAACAGCAAUAUCAACGCCCUCGACCUCGCCCACGAUACAGCCAGCCUGAUACGAGCCCAUUCUACCAAACUUUCCCUCCUCAUAAUCAACAAACCCUUCACUGCGUCCGCCAUCAGCACCGUCCUACGAGAACUCGUCUCUGGGCCAUUACCCGGCCUUGCCUCAGCCGUCGAACUUUGCAAUGCUGCCAAAUAUACCAAGGCCAUGAGCGCCGAGCUGCAAUGGAGGGCGAAGAAGGUAUUCAUGGAACUGGGAACGCUGGUGAAGGCUAUACCACUCGACGGGAAGACGCUGAGCGAAGACCUGAAGAAUGGGACUGGGAAGACUGGGGGAAAAGGCAGUUUGGCUUCUACGGGUGUGCUAUGGGAAGCCUGUGAUGGCGUGGCAGAGUUGAAGAAGCUGGGCAUUGCUGGGUUGAUGAUAAAGAAGGCGGACGAAUACCGGGAUCUACUGAAAGAUGCGCUCGAAGAGUUACAAGAAUGGGGUGAGGAGGAAUCCGAUGGAUCUGAUGACGAAGACGAGACUGCUGGAGAGCAGGAGACGACAGAUGGGGUAGAUACUUCAGCUCAGGAUGCCGUGGAUAGCAUAUUCGCAUCCCAACGACAUAUCUCUUCCGAAGACCCAGACAAGAUCCGCCCCAGAUUGGACUCCGCGCAGAAGAGACUGAGGCUUGUCAUACUCAUGUACCAAGCAGUGAUAAAACGCCGGUUCAAGACCCUCCCUCACCUGCCACAUCCCGAAAUCGAGACAAAACCAGACCAAGACACUGGCAUCAUCAACUGCGUGGAUGAGGUUAUGGACGUGUUCAAGAAAAUCCCCGAUAUAACAGACGAAUUGGCUAGUGCAUUCUACGAGCUAGAUGGAGUUGGAAUCGAUAAGAGAAUGGAUGAAUGUUUCUUUACCGGCUUUGCAGCUUCUGAACUGUUGGCCAAGAAUUGGGAGGGGAAAGAAGACGAGUUCACUGUAUGGGCCAGGAAAUUCCAAGUCGCCAUGAAAAAAGGAUGGCAAGAUCUGCCCUGA